UGAGCCUGGCAGUCUGUGAAUAGGUAAGAUGGCGGCCGCGGCGGUGGUCGAGUUCCAGAGAGCGCAGUCUCUCCUCAGCACGGACCGUAACGCGUCCAUCGACAUUUUACAUUCAAUAGUGAAGCGGGAUGUCCAAGAGAGUGAUGAAGAGGCAGUGCGUGUCAAAGAGCAGAGCAUCCUGGAGCUGGGGGGUCUGCUCGCCAAGACGGGGCAGGCCGCGGAGCUCGGGGGCCUGCUGAAAUACGUGCGGCCGUUCCUGAACUCCAUCAGCAAGGCCAAGGCAGCGCGCCUGGUACGCUCGCUGCUGGACCUCUUCCUGGACAUGGAGGCAGCCACGGGCCAGGAAGUGGAGCUGUGCCUGGAGUGCAUCGAGUGGGCCAAGUCCGAGAAGAGAACCUUCCUGCGCCAGGCCUUGGAGGCACGCUUGGUCUCUCUCUACUUUGAUACCAAGAGGUACCAGGAGGCAUUGCUUCUUGGCUCUCAGCUGCUGCAGGAGCUGAAGAAGAUGGAUGACAAGGCGCUGCUGGUGGAGGUGCAGCUGCUGGAGAGCAAGACCUACCACGCGCUCAGCAACCUGCCCAAGGCCCGCGCCGCCCUCACGUCCGCCAGGACCACGGCCAACGCCAUCUACUGCCCGCCCAAGCUGCAGGCCGCCCUGGACAUGCAGUCAGGUAUCAUCCACGCGGCUGAGGAGAAGGACUGGAAGACGGCCUACUCUUACUUCUACGAGGCGUUUGAGGGUUACGACUCCAUCGACAGCCCCCGGGCCAUCACAGCACUCAAGUACAUGCUUCUGUGCAAGAUCAUGCUCAACUCGCCAGAAGAUGUGCAGGCACUGAUAAGUGGGAAACUGGCUCUGCGGUACGCAGGGCGGCAGACAGAUGCACUGAAAUGUGUUGCGCAGGCCAGUAAGAACCGGUCGCUGGCAGACUUCGAAAAGGCACUGACGGAAUACAAAGGGGAGCUGAGGGACGACCCCAUCAUCAGCACCCACCUGGCCAAGCUCUACGACAACCUGCUGGAGCAGAACCUCAUCCGCGUCAUCGAGCCCUUCUCCCGGGUGCAGAUAGAACACAUAUCGACGCUCAUCAAGCUCUCGAAGGGAGAUGUUGAGAGGAAACUGUCACAGAUGAUUCUGGACAAGAAAUUCCAUGGAAUACUGGACCAGGGUGAAGGUGUCCUGAUCAUUUUCGAUGAGCCCCCAGUAGAUAAGACGUACGAAGCAGCUCUUGAAACCAUCCAGAACAUGAGCAAAGUCGUGGAUUCGCUCUACAACAAAGCAAAGAAGCUAACAUAGAGCUGAAGACCUGCGGCACAGUGGAGAAUGUGUGUAACCGGCGUGUGGAACAGUUGGGGGAAGGGGAGGGGGGACCAAAAACAAAGAAGAAGAAAAAAUGCGACAAAAAAACCCAUAAACUGCGACGGGAUUCCUCGGUCCCCUUCUGCUUUCACCUGGAAAGUUUUUAACGUCUCCCUCAAUGGACGAAACUUCAUUACAUUAUCAUCACUUUUUUUUGGUUCGUUUUUUCUUGUUUUCUUUACAGGUUUCUGUGUAACACUCAGCGGCCUCAGCUGGCCAUCAGGGAAUAUUGUAAAAUAACAUAAACAUAUACAUUAUAAAUAUAUAUAUAAAUAUAUAAAUCUCUCGCAGAAUAAAAUAGGUAGGCUUACACUGCCCAAGAGUACCUUUUGCCAGCCCUUGGUGCAACAUUGCCUGUUUGCCCUGAAAAUUCAACUUACCAGAGGAACAUGGGUUGUUCCGGAAGAUUCCUCAACUGAGAGUACCUCCUCCCUCUCCUCCAUACAUUUUUUUUUUCCUUACCUCCAGCCGAAGCUUACUGACUUCUCUGUCUUCAGGGUUGAUGGCAAAGAUCAGAAAGUAUUAAGGGAAAACCCCAGUAGGUCAGUGUGGUCACCUGACAUGCACACUGUUCCUUCCUGUCCUGUCAUUUUUUUGUUUGUACAUACCAUUGCCAUGCAUUUGUCUACCCCUCGUGUGUCCUCUUUUUUUAUAAUGAUAAAAAGAAUAAAGUCACGGAAAGCCCUGUAGAAAUGAGUGCUUUUGUAAAGGACACAAAACUCAAAUGGAAUUGGAGUCGUUUUUUUUCACCCCCAGAACAAUCAAUAAAAGGUCUUCAUAUUCCAUGCCGAGGGCCCUUGACGAUCCUGUUCUUGUCUUGAAGGGAAUGGAAAGGCUAUAUUUUGGGGAUGCAGGAAUGGGGGUUAGAGCUUCAACAUCUUGGUUACCUUUCUUAUACCUCUGUGGGCUUUCAUUCUGUUCCCAAAAUUCAGUGUCAUGCUUCAAAUUCGCUUUUAUGAUUUGUCCUCCUUAAAAGGAGCCAUUUUGAAAUAUAACAUAUUUUUUUAUAAUGAACAUUGCUCUUGGUCAAAACAAUUGCAUUUCAGUGGCACCUCUUAGGUUUCCUUAAGAAGGUGAUGGUGGAUGUCGGACCUGUGUCCUUUAGGUGUAAACAGCUGCAUUUCUUACAGUUGGCAAGGAUGUAUGCUGUCAGAGAGGCGGCACCCUGUCCAGCAAGUUCGUGGGACAAUCACGGCAAAUGUGAGGCAGGAGUAGUUGUGGGUUGGGGGUAUUCAAGGGAAGAGAAUUGUUCAGGCUAGGGGCAGGCUAGAUUCUGGUGGACCUAGAUUGCCUCAAGUUUGAGUUAGAGAUACUUUGCCCAAGAUCACAAUACACAUCUUGAAAAAAUUGGAAUUUUUCCAGCUGUUACAAAAUUGGAGUGGUCAUUAAAGAUGUGACAAUGUCUCCUGGAGUAACAACUCGAUGCACUGUGCAUGUGUUUGAGGUUGGAGCUUUAGCUUCCAAGGGAUUCUUAAUUAUAAAAAACAUGUGGUCUCCUAUAUCUGUCACAAAUGGAGUUCACCAUGGUGGAGACAAGACAGUAUGAUUGGUUGCAUGCAGGCUUAGGUAUGGAUCUUUGUUCUGGAAGGAUAUUGCUUUGGUUUUAUUCUCAAUAGACCGAUGUAUAUGUAAACUGUGAUCUACCAUGGCCUGGAAAAACAUAUAUCUAGAAAAUUCCUUGCUUUCUGUGCGUUUCACUAGAAGGUAUAGAUUAGUGGAGUGAUUUGUUACUUUUAAUAGAUUACACGGUUGAAUUUUGCCUGGUUCAUCCACGUUGCCUUUUUUUCUUCAAACCUUAUUUUAAUAACCCUGAUUCUCCAACUAGAAACUUUUGAGUUUAUUGACAGUCAUGGUGUUUCACUGUAAAGGUAUGACACAUAUGAAAUACUAUAAGUUCUGGAAGCCAUCCCCCUUAUGAAGCUAUGUGCCUCUGAAUUAUGUUAUAUCACAGCAAUAUAAGUGUAUGUUGAUAAGAACUACAGCCACUCAACUAGUUUUUAACUGAUCAACCUUAAAGAAGAAGCAACUGUUGCACAGUGGAGUUUCUGAAUGUUUUCAAUAUGAAGACUAUUGCAUAUAAAUGAUGUCCUCGAUGGAUUUUUUUUUUUUACUAAGGCAAAGGUU